CCACAGGCCUGUGGAGCCAAUCGGCUAGGAGCAGCGAGCGGACUGGCAGGGGCGGUGGGACCGAGUGGAGUGGCGAGGCAUGGCGGGCGGGGCCGGAGAGGUGCUUACGCUGCAGUUGGGACAUUUUGCCGGUUUCGUGGGAGCGCACUGGUGGAACCAGCAGGAUGCUGCGCUGGGCCGAGCAACCAGCGCCCAGGAGUCCCUGGGAGAACUGUGCCCUGAUGUCCUGUAUCGGACGGGCCAGACGCUGCAUGGCCAGGAAACGUACACGCCGCGACUCAUCCUCAUGGAUCUGAAGGGCAGUCUGAACUCCCUCAAAGAGGAAAGUGGACUCUACUGGGACAAACAGCUAGACGCAGCAGUAGCUUGGCAUGGGAAGCUUACCACACACAAAGAGGAAGUUUAUCCCAAAAACCCUCAUCUCCAGGACCUUCUGAGUGCUGAGGGAGURCGGAGUAGUGAUGGUUUCUGGAGGGUCAAAUCCAUCCCUAAUGGCAAAGGUCCCCCACCAGUCACCACUGCUGAAAUUCCAAAACCAYUAGAGAGCAGUGUCAGAGUCUGGUCAGACUUCCUCAGAGUCCAUCUCCAUCCCCGGAGCAUCUGUAUGAUUCAGAAGUACAACCAUGAUGGGGAAACAGGUCGGCUGGAGGCUUUUGGCCAAGGGGAGAGUGUCCUGAAGGAACCCAGGUAUCUGGAAGAGCUGGAGGACAGACUGCACUUCUACGUAGAGGAAUGUGACUACUUGCAGGGCUUCCAGAUCCUGUGUGACCUGCAUGAUGGUUUCUCUGGGGUAGGUGCCAAGGCUGCAGAGUUGCUACAAGACGAGUAUUCAGGGCGGGGAAUAAUAACCUGGGGCCUGAUCCCUGGUUCCUGCAGUCUUGGGGAGCCUCAGAAAAACAUCUAUCGCCUGUUGAACACAGCAUUCGGACUGGUGCACCUGACUGCUUACAGCUCUUUCGUCUGCCCCUUAUCCUUGGGUGGGAGCCUGGGCCUGCGACCCCAGCCGCCUGUCAACUUCCCUCACCUGCAUUAUGAUGCCACUCUGCCCUUCCACUGUAGUGCCAUCCUGGCCACAGCACUGGAUACAGUCACUGUUCCUUAUCGACUCCGUUCAUCUCCAGUUUCCAUGGUCCACCUGGCUAAUAUGCUGACCUUCUCUGGGAAAAAGGUGGUGACAGCAGGAGCAGUCAUCCCCUUCCCCUUGGUUCCAGGCCAGUCCCUCCCUGAUGCCUUGGUGCAGCUCGGAGGAGCCACCCCAUGGACCCCAUUGUCUGCAUGUGGGAACUCCUUGGGAACACGCUGCUUUGCUCAGUCAGUGGUGCUGAGAGGUAUAGACAGAGCGUGCCAUACCAGUCAGCUCACCCCAGGGACACCUCUGCCUUCUCCUCUCCAUGCGUGUACCACUGGAGAAGAAGUCUURGCUCAAUAUUUACAUCAGCAGCAGCCUAGAGUCACAAGUUCUUCCCAUCUGCUGCUGACUCCCUGCAGGGUGGCUCCUCCUUACCCCUACCUCUUCUCAAGCCUCGGCCAGCAGGGUAUGGUUCUGGAUGGUCCCCCCAGGGGCACAGCAGUGCACAGCAUCCCAGUGUUUGGGGCUCUGUGCUCCUCUUCAUCCUUGCACCAGACCCUGGGAGGCUUGGCCACAGAGCUCACCAAACUGGACCUGCGACGCUGGGCCUGCUUCUUGGAUGCUGGGGUGGAACAGGAUGAGAUGGAGGAGUUGCUGCAGGAGCUCCACAGUCUGGCCCAGUGCUACCAGGAUGGCGGCGGCMUCAUGGACUAGAGUAGGGCGGGGGGAGGGCCACAGCUAAUUGGCAAUAAAAGCUGCUGAAUUUAAGA